AUGGAGAAAUGCAGGUGUGAGCCACUGGACCCAGCACAGGUCAAGAGUUACCUGCAGAUGCUGCCCAAGGGUGUUGCCUUCUGCCAUGCCAACAACAUCGUGCAUUGGGACCUGAAACCUGCCAACCUACUUAUCAGUGUCUCAGGCCAGCUCAAGACAGCUGACUUUGGCCUGGCCCGGGUCUUUUUUCCAGAUGGCAGCUGGCUCUGUACACACCAGGUGGCUACCAGGUUGUACCGAGCUCCGGGGCUCCUGUAUGGUGCCGGCCAGUAUGAGCAGGGCGUUGACCUAUGGGCUGUGGGCUGCAUCAUGGGGGAGCUGCUGAAUGGCUCUCCCCUUUUCCCAGGAGAGAAUGACAUUGAGCAGCUUUGCUGUGUGCUUCGCAUCUUGGGCACCCCCAGCCCUCAAGUCUGGCCGGAGAUCACAGAGCUGCCUGACUACAAGAUCUCCUUUAAGGAACGGGCACCGAUACCCCUGGAGGAGGUGCUUCCUGAUGCCUCUCCUCAGGCCUUGGACCUGCUGGGUCAGUUCCUCCUCUACCCUUCUCGCCAGCGCAUUGCAGCCUCCCAGGCCCUCUUGCAUCAGUACUUCUUCACAGCUCCUCUGCCUGCCCACCCAUCUGAGCUGCCAAUUCCCCAGCGCCCAGGGGGGCCUGCCCCCAAGGCCCCCCCAGGGCCCCCCCAUGUCCAUGACUUCCAUGUGGACCGGCCUCUUGAGGAGUCACUGUUGAACCCAGAGCUCAUUCGGCCCUUCAUCCCAGAGGGGUGA